CAAAAAAUGUCUGAAUAUGACUCAAUGUUAAUUCGGCAACGAGUUUCAAAAGUUGUUUGUUUGGAUGCGAGCCACGCCGACGAAAAGUUGAAAGAAUUAGAAAACUUAAUCAUUUCAACAAAAGGUUCCCCACCUGCUAACCCAGAAGAUGUGAUCGAAGAAGUCGUUCAACUUAGUCAGUUGAAAGACGUCAGGAUUAAGAAACUUGUUUAUUUGUAUUUAACCCUUACUGUUAAAGUGAACCCAGAUAUUUUGCUUUUAAUGACAAACUCUAUAUUUGGUGACACUACUGACCCAAGCCCUGUGGUUCGUUGUUGCGUGUUGGAAUCUGUGGCAAAGCUUGAUAUGGAGUGGGAAAAGUCAAGGGAAGUUGUUUUGUCUGUGUUGGACAAAGGUCUUCAGGAUCCUGCAUCAAGUGUUCGGAAUUUAGCUGUCGCUGGAAUUUGCAAUAUUUUUAAAAUUCAUGGAGAUCAUAUAAUGACAGAUGCAAAGUAUUUAUUUGGUAAAGUAGUGACACUUUUACAAAAUGAUCCCGAUCCCACUGUAGUAGUUAACUGUGUCAGAUGCAUCGCUGGCUGUGAUGAAUCAAAUAACUCAAUCCAGGAAUUUAUUUUGUCUUUAAUUGAAAGAAUAAACAUGUUAGACUAUUGGCCAGCAGUUACUAUACUAACUAUAGCAAACUCAAAACUAGAAUGCGAGAAAUUGAGUGAAAAUAAUGUUUUUUCCCUCCUAAACCACCUGGAUUGUCUCACCCACCCUUCCCACACAACCACACUACAGUUUGAAAGUUUUUCAUUGAUGUUAAAACUUUCGAAGAAUCUGCCAAAUGUAAGAAAAGAUUUAACGUCUCAAUUUAUCUCACGAUAUCUUAAUCUGUUACCACUCAGUAGUUCUGCGUUAAAAUUUACAAUUCUUCAGAAUUUGUUACAAUUUGCACGAGACCCAAACAACAAAACAAUCUUUCAAGAAAAACUUUAUUGCUUUAUGUUAAUAUAUGGCGAUUCCUCUUAUGUGAAAAUUGCUAAAUUAGAACUUCUACUUCGCCUUACAUCAGAGCAAAAUGCAGACGUAUUGUUUGAUAACAUACGUCCUUAUCUACACGACAAUAACCAUUGUGUGGUCAGACUGGCGUUCAAAAUGUUGGAGGUUUUAUUUCAGUUUCUUCCUUUGAAAAUAUCGUAUUCAAUCCGUCAACUGCUAACAUCUAAAAGUGAAGUUGUAUUGGAGGCAUGUGUGAAUGUAUUGGCACACCUUGUGCAUCGGAAUUGUGGGAAUCAACCAAAUAUUGAUAUUUCCCAGCUUUUUUCAUGUGAACUAACAGAUCAAUUAUUGGCAUCGUACAACUACCUUACAUCGGAUGAAGCUAAAUGUUCCAUUGUAUGUUUGAUAUUAAGAAACCCUGAAGAAAGACAUUUAAAACAGAUCAGUGAGCUAUUAUCCACUGAAGUUUCAAAACGUUUCGGCGAAACUGUCGUCAACUCAAUGAUGGCUCACUGUAUAUUGCGUGCUGUUGUGAAUCUCUUUCUAAAAUGGCCGAAAUAUUUUGAAAAAAUGUUAAAAACUUUGUUCAGUAGAAUAGUGGAGAUCGGCAAGGGUGAUUUAUAUGAUUCCGUGAGACUUUAUUAUGGUUUUAUGAAGCAUGAUAUUGAAACAGCCAAGCAUGUAGUGAACGUUACAAGUGUUACUGUGUUACCUGAAGCAAGUGAAAAUAUUGUUGUGGAAAAUAUUACCGCUAUAUCGCAAAUAUCUUUGCCGAUUACAUAAGACUAAAUGUUGGUGCAAACUUUGCUAUCGCUGUUGCUACUAGACACAACAUACCUUAGAAGCUGAUUUUUGGAUUGAAUUUUAGUGCAAAAAAAUAUUUUGAUAUAUAAAACUUUUGACAAACAAAAAUUGUUAAAUUUCGUAGUAUUUUAGAUAAAUUGUUGGUUUUAAAUGAUUUUGUUCCAGAAACCAUUUCUCCAAAAUAUACAUUAUCCCUUGUGGCAGCAGGAGCAAAAUACUCAUUUUACUUUUUGUGUUUAUCUCUUCCACGUUACACGGGAUCCAUCGUUACCUCUUGUAUUUACUUUGUAUUUUAUGCAUUUUGAAAUAUUUAUUUAUUGGUGUUGGUACAAGUAGGUGCCAAACUUUUAAAUCCACAGGGGAAGCAGGGAUAGUUUGGCCUGUAUUCCUAUGAAACAACUUCUGUUGUAAGGAUCACUGAUUUAUGUGUUAUAGAAACUUUCAGAAUUUCGAUUUUUAUUUUUUUUAAUUUUGUAAACAUAUGAAAUGGAGGGAAAGUUCGUUAAUACAGUUUAGGAAACCCACCCUGCCACCCCAGGUUUGGCACCUAUAUUGGUACAUGGCCCACAACUUAACUAUGUUUGUUGGGAUAUUUUUACAGA